AUGGUUCUCCUCAAGACGAUUCUCUCGGCCGUUGCCGUCCUCUUUGUGACAUCCCAAGUCCAAGUCCAAGCCGCGCCCGCCAAGCUCGACAAGCGUUUGCUCCUGCCAACAGCGCCCUCAGCCACCGACAUUGAUGGCGCCCAUUUGCUCCUCCAGAACGAUGUCGAUUCCUCCAAGAUCAUCAAGAACGCAUACGUCCUCCUCUCUCGCGCCCGAGGCUACUACGAUGGAAUGAACGCUUGCUUGUCCAUGGGGGAUGGUGGAUACAUCUACAUUCCUGGAACAUCUGGUGCCAAUGAGCUCGUCUCUCUGUUGAACAACAACCCUGCCGCGCAGAAGGAAGUCACCGCCUACUCUCAGUUCUGGGUCUAUAAUGGUGUCCCUGGAAUCUUUUCUAACUGCUUGGCGGUCAACAAGAACACCGGCAAGACCGACUGGAUCCCCUGCAGCACCCAACUGCCCACCGUAUGCUUCAACUCUGUCAUGCGUCGUGUCCUUCUCUUCGAGGAUGCCUCCCGUCAGAUCAAGGUUGAUACCCCCGUCGGAACAAUCCAGGGCUGGCGCGACCAGAAUGCUUUCCGUUUCUUGGGUAUCCCCUACGCUGAGCCUCCCGUUGGCAACUUGCGAUUUGCUUCGCCUGUUGCAAAGGCCCCCUUCACAGGAACCUUUGAUGCCAUCCGUUACAAGGGUGUCUGCCCCCAGACCACUCAGGCUGCGGGAUUCAUUCCUAUGUUGCUGAGUUACCUCGAGAAUGGUGCCACGGAGAAGGAAGAUUGUUUGAACUUGAACGUUUAUACCCCCAGUUUGAAGGGCAAGGGCCAAGAACUCCUUCCUGUCAUGUUAUACAUCCACGGAGGAGGAUUCACAACUUACUCUGGUUCAGUCAUCAUCUUUGAACCCGGCAACAUGGUCUCGCGUGGUGGUGUCGUUGUUGUCACGAUCAACUACCGUCUCGGCAUGCUUGGCUGGUUCGAGAACGAAGCCGCCUGGGGUCGCUCCGAGAUUCAGGGUAACCAAGCCCUUCGCGACCAAAUCCUCGCUCUCCAAUGGGUCCAAAAGAACAUUGCUUCCUUCGGAGGCGACCCAACCCGUGUCACUGUCUUUGGUGAAUCUGCAGGUGCCACCAGUAUCCGUGCUCUUCUUGCUGCCCCCGUCGCCUUCCCACUUUACCAGGGCGUCAUUGGUGAGAGCGACCCGAUUAAUAUCCCCUUCAAGACCCCCGACGAUGCCGCCUCGAUCACCAACUACUUCCUCCAGGCCCUAAACUGCGCCGAUGUUGCCUGUGCCCGCACCCGCCCCAUUGACGACGUCCUUACUGCUCAAGGUGUCGCCAACACGAAGGCUCUUGCUGACGAUAAAUGGACCACCUGGGCGCUGGUUGAGCGUCCUUCCAUUGACGGAUUGUUGAUCAAGACCGAGUUCUCGGCCAUGGUCAAGGCGGGUACCUACAACACCAAAGCCAACAUCAUGUGGGGAACUGUCCACGACGAAGCUGGUCUCUUUGUCCCCCAGUACUUCCCCAACGUCGUCCCCAUCGCGAACGUGACUACAGCCCUCAGCCUGGUCUUCAGCCAGGCUCAGUCGGAACUGAUGUUGAGCAACCCCAUGUUCCAGCCUGAUCCCUCCGACUCGGACGCCGUCCGCAACCUUUUCACCCGUGCCGGUACAGAAUUCUACUUCUUCUGCCCACUCCGAUACCUCUCCCGCCAAAUGACCAAGCGUAAACCCGUUUACAACUUCCGCUUCAACCGUGGACGUGAUACCCCCUUGGUCGGUGAAGGUUACUGCUCCUCCAGCACUGGUCGUGUCUGCCACUCGGCCGAUAUCCAACCCGUCUUUGGUUCGGGAGCUGCAGUCCCCGGAUUCGCUCAAACAGGCGACGAUGCUCGUUUCGCCCGGCAGGUCAUCGACCGCUUCACCACAUUCGCCAAGAUCGGUAACCCCAACCCCACGGCUUCCAUGCCCGGUGUCGAGAACAAGAACCCCGAUGUCACUGGUAUCAACUGGAAGGCGUAUGACGAUUCGAACCCCGUCUAUGAGUUGAACGUCCAGAGCUCCAUGUCGUCCAACCUUGAGAACGCAGAGUGCAACUGGAUCGAGACUGUGUUCAAGUACUCCUUCUGGACCGAGGUUCCUGGCAAUUUGCCCUAA